AUGGCGCUGGUAACUUCCCGGUAUGCGCAGCUGGCGAUGCAGUGGCCACAUUUAGUGAGCGGAAUGACAAGCUCAUUAAUCAUGACAUCAGCGGAUGUUUUUUGCCAAGCUGUGAUCCAGAAGCCCGGACCAGAGGGGCUUGAUUACAGGAGGACGACGGGCCUAGCCAUCUUCGGCUUAGUUUGGUAUGGAGGGCCCUGCAAGUGGCUGUAUCUUCGCAUGGACCGAUGGAUGGGCCGGAAGCCGACGUUUCGGAACGUGGCAGCGAAAACCUUCUUCGACGUCUACGUCCACACCCCCUUCGGCGUCGUCCCAGGCUUCUACCUCGUGACCAGUUGCUUUAAGGGCAUGGACUUGAGGCAGACAUGGAGCCAGCUCCAAAGAGAGUGGAAGGAAGCCUCUCUGGGGUCCUCAGUGUUUUGGACGCCCGCGCAGGUCUUCAACUUCUGGUUCGUUCCCCAGCACUACAAAAUUGCAUACGUCUCCACCCUUUCCUUCGCUCACAAGACCUGGCUCUCUUGGGUAUCCAACAAG